ACAUCAGCCACCACCAUGAGUACGGACUCAGAGAUGGCCAUUUAUGGCAAAGCUGCCAUUUACCUUCGGAAGCCAGAAAGGGAGAGAAUUGAGGCUCAAAGUGCACCAUUUGAUGCCACGACUGCCUGCUACGUGGCCGAUAAGCAAGAACUGUACUUGAAGGCAAAAAUCCUCAAGAAAGAAGGUGACAAAGUCACCGUCGAAAUCCUGACCACUAAUGAGGUUGGUAUCAUGAAGACAGUUAAAGAAGCUGACAUCUAUCCAAUGAACCCUCCAGUGAAACACUGCCCUCCCAAGUAUGACAAGAUUGAGGACAUGGCCAUGAUGACCCAUCUCAAUGAAGCAUCUGUGCUGUAUAACCUCAAAGAGCGUUAUGCAGCAUGGAUGAUCUACACCUACUCUGGGUUGUUCUGUGCCACUGUGAACCCCUACAAGUGGCUCCCAGUCAUCACAACCAACCCCUACGACUUCCCCAUGUGUAGCAUGGGUCAGAUCACUGUGGCCAGCAUUGAUGACAAAGUUGAGCUGGAAGCCACUGAUAACGCCAUUGAUAUCCUGGGCUUCAUUAAUGAAGAGAAGGUGAUGAACUCCGUGACUGCCCUGGCCAAGGCUAUCUAUGAGAGGAUGUUCUUGUGGAUGGUCGUUCGUAUUAACCAGAUGUUGGACACUAAACAAGCAAGACAGUUCUACAUUGGUGUCCUGGAUAUUGCUGGUUUUGAAAUCUUUGACUUCAACACCUUGGAACAGCUGUGCAUCAACUUCACCAAUGAGAAACUGCAACAGUUCUUCAACCACACCAUGUUUGUCCUGGAGCAAGAGGAGUACAAGAAGGAGGGUAUUGUCUGGGAGUUCAUUGACUUUGGCAUGGACUUGGCUGCCUGCAUUGAGCUCAUUAAAAAGCCCAUGGGAAUCUUCUCCAUCCUUGAAGAGGAGUGCAUGUUCCCCAAGGCCUCAGACACAUCCUUCAAGAACAAGCUGUAUGACCAGCAUCUUGGCAAAUCUAAAGCAUUUGAGAAGCCUAAGCCCGCCAAAGGCAAGGCUGAGGCCCACUUCUCCCUGGUGCACUAUGCUGGUAACCUGACUCCGCCAGAUGGA